AAAAGAAAGAAGAAAGAAGAAAAUGCAAGCCUUCCCUGAAACCUGACAUGUAAUUUCACAACCAGUAGGGCAUAUUCGUCCUCGCAAAAUAUUCCCGUCUUCUCGCUGCUAUAUAUACCCUCCUGCUACAAAACUAGGGUAUAAAAGGCCCCAAUCUCUCCUGCCUACGAGGUUUCGAAGUUCGAACAAUCUCAAAUUCCAGACACGAACACGUUCCCGACCACCUCACCUCCAUACCCAAUCUGUGGCAAGGAGGAAUGGCGACGUUCGAGCUGUACCGGAGGUCGACGAUCGGGAUGUGUUUGACUGAAACUUUGGACGAGAUGGUUCAGAACCGCACUCUCAGUCCUGAGCUCGCCAUUCAAGUUCUUGUCCAGUUCGACAAGUCUAUGACCGAAGCUCUGGAAACCCAGGUUAAGAGUAAGGUCUCCAUUAAGGGACAUUUACACACCUACCGAUUCUGCGACAAUGUGUGGACCUUCAUCUUACAGGAUGCUCUGUUCAAGAAUGAGGAAUGCCAGGAGAAUGUUGGUCGGGUUAAAAUAGUGGCAUGUGACUCGAAGCUUCUCACACAAUGAACCAAGCAUUUUAUCAGUAGCAUACUUGAUAAGGAGACAUGUUUUUGACUUGCUGGUCUGAUGGUAGUGGGGUGAAAGCAGAGGAAGGUGGGAUUGGUCCAACCAGUUGCACAUUCUGCAGCAGUGGAGAAUUUGACACUAGAAUGUUAAAACCCAACAACCUUGACGAGUAUUACUUUUAUUUCAUGUUGCAUUUCUGUGGUUGAAUGCAUAUUGGAUGAUCCCUCAUCCUUCCUCUCACUGUAUCUCCGAAUGAAGCACCUUGAAGAUUUGAGUUGGACUGAUGAUACGAGUCCAUGAUAAAUGUGCAAAAUAUGAAUUUAGCAUGUAGGCAUUGCAGAAUAAUACAUCAUAGUAAUUGGUUUA